GCCAUUUGAGGUCUGAAUUUUAAAAGAUGAAGACCUUGUUUUUGCUUAUAAAUUUUUUAUUCUUAUUUUUAAUCAAUUCAAGUAAGUACCAUUGCUUCUAGUACUUAUAUUUUUCACAGUUUAUCAUUACACAGAUUUACUUAUUAUAUAUGACAUAUAUAUGUGAUUUAAUUCUUUGAAUCUGACAUUGUGCGUUGCUUCUAAUUGCAGCUGUUGGAGCUCCGGUGCGUCGGAGAGAGACCACCGUUUCACCUGGUGAGUACCUUCAGUUGGUCUCUGUGUAACUGCCGUUUUCUCUAUAUUCCCACCCCUGUGCUAGCCUGUUUCCUUUUUACAUAGAGCAUUAGCCUUCCUCUGUAUUCUCUAUAGUACCCACGCCCCUCACAUUAUUGCUCCUGUUCUUCUCCUCUCUGCUUCAUUUAUAUGUUAGAGCUCCCUAUUCCACUAAUGUCUAGUGUCUCUUUCAACAGAUAAUGUUAUUGAGGACAAAGCGGUGACAGAGUAUUUCAACAGAAAACUGGUUAUAUUGCAGGAAAUAAGUAAAGUGUCCAUUUUAUAUUCUAUGUACCUACUUGUUCUACUCUCCUUUCCCUUUGCCCUUCCCGCCCUCCCCACUUACUAUCCCUCCUAUCACUUUCUACAUAGAGCAUUAGCCUUUCUCGCUAUUCUCUAUAGUACCCACACCCCUCACUUUUAUUAGAACAUGGGGGCACCUGGAUAAUAUUAUUUCUAUAAACAUUCUAUUUUUAUAUGUUGUAAAAAUAUAAGGAAUAAAGGAAAAAUAAUCUUCUCAUUACAGGAGAAAACCUGCUUAAAAAAUUGAGGAAACGAACCACUACAACCCCUGGUAAGCUCCUCCCCUUCUCCCAGAGUCACUACUCCCUUAUGCUCCUCUAUAGCAUCUGCCUUGCUCCUUCCCACAGUUUAUGGUCCCCUGAAUAGUACGAUAUAAAUCUCAUGCUGUGUAACCCUCCCUUAUAUGUUAGAUCUCCCUAUUCCAAUAAUGUCUCUCUUUCAACAGAUUAUGUUGUUGUGGACAAAGAGGAGAUAUUGCGCGCCAUGCAUUCCAGAAAAAUGCAUCGAUUUGAUAGAACAACAACGGAGAGUCCAAAAAUUGAAACUACUGUGGAUUAUGUUGUUGUGGACAAAGAAGAGAUAUUGCGCGCCAUGCGUUCCAGAAAAAUGCAUCGAUUUCAUAGAACAACAACGGAGAGUCCAAAAAUUGAAACUACUGUGGAUUAUGUUGUUGUGGACAAAGAAGAGAUACUGCGCGCCAUGCAUUCCAGAAAAAUGCAUCGAUUUCAUAGAACAACAACGGAGAGUCCACAAAUUGAAACUACUGUCGAUUAUGUUGUUGUGGACAAAGAGGAGAUACUGCGCGCCAUGCAUUCCAGAAAAAUGCAUCGAUUUGAUAGAACAACAACGGAGAGUCCAAAAAUUGAAACUACUGUGGAUUAUGUUGUUGUGGACAAAGAAGAGAUAUUGCGCGCCAUGCAUUCCAGAAAAAUGCAUCGAUUUCAUAGAACAACAACGGAGAGUCCAAAAAUUGAAACUACUGUGGAUUAUGUUGUUGUGGACAAAGAGGAGAUAUUGCGCGCCAUGCAUUCCAGAAAAAUGCAUCGAUUUGAUAGAACAACAACGGAGAGUCCAAAAAUUGAAACUACUGUGGAUUAUGUUGUUGUGGACAAAGAAGAGAUACUGCGCGCCAUGCAUUCCAGAAAAAUGCAUCGAUUUGAUAGAACAACAACGGAGAGUCCAAAAAUUGAAACUACUGUGGGUAAGUGUCAUUAUCCAUGUACCUACUGUUCUACUCUCCUUUCCCUUUGCCCUUCCCGCCCUCCCCACUUACUAUCCCUCCUAUCACUUUUAUUCUCUAUAGUACCCACGCCCCUCACAUUAUUGCUCCUGUUCUUCUCCUCUCUGCUUCAUUUAUAUGUUAGAUCUCCCUAUUCCAAUAAUGUCUCUCUUUCAACAGAUUAUGUUGUUGUGGACAAAGAAGAGAUACUGCGCGCCAUGCAUUCCAGAAAAAUGCAUAGAUUUCAUAGAACAACAACGGAGAGUCCAAAAAUUGAAACUACUGUGGGUAAGUGCCAUUAUCCAUGUACCUACUGUUCUACUCUCCUUUCCCUUUGCCCUUCCCGCCCUCCCCACUUACUAUCCCUCCUAUCACUUUUAUUCUCUAUAGUACCCACGCCCCUCACAUUAUUGCUCCUGUUCUUCUCCUCUCUGCUCCAUUUAUAUGUUAGAUCUCCCUAUUCCAAUAAUGUCUCUCUUUCAACAGAUUAUGUUGUUGUGGACAAAGAAGAGAUACUGCGCGCCAUGCGUUCCAGAAAAAUGCAUCGAUUUCAUAGAACAACAACGGAGAGUCCAAAAAUUGAAACUACUGUGGAUUAUGUUGUUGUGGACAAAGAGGAGAUAUUGCGCGCCAUGCAUUCCAGAAAAAUGCAUCGAUUUGAUAGAACAACAACGGAGAGUCCAAAAAUUGAAACUACUGUGGAUUAUGUUGUUGUGGACAAAGAAGAGAUACUGCGCGCCAUGCAUUCCAGAAAAAUGCAUCGAUUUGAUAGAACAACAACGGAGAGUCCAAAAAUUGAAACUACUGUGGAUUAUGUUGUUGUGGACAAAGAAGAGAUAUUGCGCGCCAUGCAUUCCAGAAAAAUGCAUCGAUUUCAUAGAACAACAACGGAGAGUCCAAAAAUUGAAACUACUGUGGAUUAUGUUGUUGUGGACAAAGAGGAGAUACUGCGCGCCAUGCAUUCCAGAAAAAUGCAUCGAUUUGAUAGAACAACAACGGAGAGUCCAAAAAUUGAAACUACUGUCGGUAAGUGCCAUUAUCCAUGUACCUACUGUCCUACUCUCCUUUCCCUUUGCCCUUCCCGCCCUCCCCACUUACUAUCCCUCCUAUCACUUUUAUUCUCUAUAGUACCCACGCCCCUCACAUUAUUGCUCCUGUUCUUCUCUCUGCUUCAUUUAUAUGUUAGAGCUCCCUAUUCCAAUAAUGUCUCUCUUUCAACAGAUUAUGUUGUUGUGGACAAAGAAGAGAUAUUGCGCGCCAUGCAUUCAAGAGGACUCAAUAUAUUUGAUAGAACAACAAAGAGUCCAAAAUUCAAAACAACUACUGUCGAUUUUUCCGAGCUUUUGAAGGGGAUUGACGAGGAAUCAGAGAGACCGUUGCCCCGAAUGUACGGCCUUCUUCUUGGAUUUAUUGGAUUCGUUGUGUUCGGGUUCUCCGCCCUUAUGUGCAUACAACCGUAUGCAUUCUGGAAGACCGGGCACCUAGGUGAAGAUGAAGAAGAUUCGGAAGAGGAAGCUGGCAUUAAAGAAGAGGAAGAAGAAGAAGAAGAAGACGAAAAUAAAAUUUGUAAUAUUGAAGUCAGUGAAGAAGCUGCUGAAGCUGCUGAAGACAUGGAGAGUUAGGCUCAGCUUCCAUGAAAAAGACACUGCUAUACUUGGAAAGGCUUCUAUUAUUAGGGCCCCCAAACAAACGUCUCCCUCUUCAGCACUGUAUAUAGGGGGAACGCGUUAUCAGAAGGCACAAAGGAAGAAAAGAAUAGAAAUCCCAAAAGUUGAUCUAAGGACUGGUCCGACUGCCGUUUUGGAGUCAGGAAGGAAUUUUUUCCCUCUCUAAGGCAAAUUGAAAAAGACGCUCGGAUGAGUGGUGAAACGUUUUCAAGAAAAACUCAGAAAAGUCCACUUGUUUAAGACUUCAUUCGACUAGAUACUGUAUAUCAUGACCUGGAUGAAUGAGAAUCUUCAUAGACAUCAGAGGGUUUUUUUCGCCUUCCUUUAGAUCAACUAGACGUUAGUUUGGAAUGAUUUGAGUUGAAGACUGAUGGGGAUAAGGAACAGAGAUACCGCAAUUAAUAUAGCAAAGCCUUAAUCACAUGAGGCAUAAUCUUGGCAUCAAAACAAUGGAAAAUAAAAACUGAUAGUACUGAGA